AUGCCCCGCCCAACCCUCACCUCCACCACCACCACCCUCUCCCUCCUCACCCGCACAAUCCGACAAUCCUCUACCUCUACCUCCGCCGCGACCAAAUCGCUCACUCCCCGACAACCCAUCUACUUUGGUCCCAACGUCUACUGGGGAAAAGCGUGGAAGAAUGUGUAUGGGACUGGGUUGCUUUACGUCCCCGUCGUUGCCGCAGUCAUGUUUUGGCCCGUUCCAAUUGCGCCAAUGAUGAAUUUUUCAAAAGGGGUUAAGAAGGAGGGUGUGGUUGCUUGAGUUAGGAAUGGACUGAUGUGCUAUGGGAUGUGCGAUGUGCGAUGGAAUUUGCUAGCUGAGGUUUGAUUCAGAUGAAUAAGACAUGCUGGGAAUUUUGACACAAGCAC